CCUACCAUGGCUUCUGUUUUCAUUUCCUGAACAGGUGUUGGCUCGUUCUCCCUGGAUGGCUCAGUAAGGAGGUGGCAACGGCUCCAAGGACGGGGACCCCUUCAUCCUCCUCAGGACCGGCUGGGAACAAUGGUGCUGGUUUGGCUUCUGCUGUGGGGAACUCUCACUUCUCUCCUGGAGGCUGAUCCCCAGAGAGAAAAAUGCCCUCCACCCAACAAGAUCCCGUUUGCCGAGUACACGGCCGAGAGCUACUUGAAAGGCAGCCAACUAGUCUACCGCUGCAUCGAAGGCUAUAUAAGAAGACAAGGCAGUGACCAUUUUAUUGAGUGCAAGAACCGCUCUGGACACCUGGAAUGGGACACAUUUGAGUGCUUUCCUGCAUCUAAUGCAAAUAGACUUCCUACUGAACAACCCCCAAGCACACCUCACGAACGGUCGGCUGACAGUGCUAAUGACCCACCCAAGUAUGCAGAUCACUGCAAGGCGCCUCCAGACCUGAAGCAUGCCAAACCCUUGGAAAAUAUGGUCAACUUCUACCCGGGGCAGAAGCUCCAGUACAAGUGCAACAAAGAUUACAAGUCACAAUCACCACUCCCUGCAGAGAGCAUCUGCAAGAGGAUCUGUGGAAAGCUGAAAUGGACCACGCUCAAUUUCAAGUGUAUUCAUGCCAAUGACUCAGAUCCAUCCCCUCCCCUGGAGCCAGGAAAUGACCACACCACUGAGUAUUCAACCAACUGCCCCCUGAUCACCACCUCAGGCCCGACAGAUCCUGAAAAAAUGGCAACUUCCGCAGUCCUGGUCAUCAAACCCACAAAUACCACAAAUAUUUUGGCGUUUUUUUCCACCCUAGAACACCAGAUAGCGGGUAUGCCUGGCUCUCCCCUCGUUGCUGUCUGUGCUUGUAUGUUCAUCAUGGUCAUCUUCUUAGGGUGGAUCACGUGGAGAAGAUGGGGGAAGAGGAGUGGAACUGGGAAAACCAAGCCUGGUAAAGGGAAGCUGGGAAGUGCCAGCAAGAAUGCUGCAGGAAUCUCGGAGUAUGAGGAACAAACGCAGAAGCUAAAGCUUCACCCGUGACAGUCACAGCAGCAUCUUCUGCCGAGGCCUGUAGCUCUCAGCUGCAGCUUCCAAACUGGGGUCAGGAUCCCUUUGGGGGACGGAGGGAGAGUUCUUCCGGGUCCAAAGAGGCGAGAGACACAACCACCGUUUUUCUCUUUUCCUAGCCACAGUCAAAAAUGUCCCUUCCUCUCAUCUCGCAUUAUCACCUCAUCCCCUUGCUCCUCACCAACCCUGCCUGCUCUUCUUCCCCAAAUGACAGAAAAGACAGCUGAUACUACGCUUUCUCCUCAGAAACCACAAUUAUUUCAGGGACAGAGGAAGGUAUAAGAGAUCAUGAGAACCCUGGGGGGCUGAACGAAAUACAAGAACCACUAGUUUAACUGAAUUGCAGGGGUUGCCCUUUAGCUCCGUGUUCCUAAGUUGCAUCAAAAGCAAGGAAGUUGGGAAACUCAUUUUCAGGCUUGCCAGAUAGAAACAGCAGCUUGCUCCACCCACUGCUAACAACCACAAAGGUCACGGGUGUCCAAGCUAUCUCAACCUUUGUGGUUGAAGACGCCAUAGACUGCAUAUUUGAGUAGGAGAAAGGCAAGCCGGGAAGCCUUGGGCAGAUCAACAAAUGGCUGCUUUGCCCUACCUCUACCAAUCCCAGCCCCUGCCUGAGUCACAGGAUUGGGAGGAAGAAGCAUGAUAUGACGGCGAUGUCUGUCAGUUUCUAAAUUACAUGAGAGGAUACUUUUAGUGAGUUGGAAAUUCCAGUCCCAGAUUUGGCUCCAUAAGGGAUAAGACCAGUUAAGAAAACCACUUGCUCAACAGCUUUUAAUUUCUUAUGCUUCUCGUCUCUCUUCUUGCCAGUAACAUGCAGCACUAGACAUGAGGACCCCUGCCCCCAACCAGCUUCAGCUCCAAAAGCAGUGACUAGUGCUUCCAUCCACUCCUCUGAUCUUAAACACUGAGGUUUGGGAAUCAAAUAGUUUCUUCCGACCAUCCAAUCCUGCCUUCAAAUUCCCGUAGGUUUCACCCUUUUGUGCUGGCCUCUGCUUUUGGGAUUAUUAUUACAUUAUUACCGUACCCUUCUUCCUUUAUCCAAUUCUUGAUCCCAGGAUUAUCCCAGGUUCCUUCCACCUUCUUGAUGUCAUCUAGCCAGCAAUCAUUUCACUAUACGUUCAUUUUUCUUCCAGUAAGGGAGAAGGAAAUGAAAAGCUAAUUA